CUUAUGGGAGCUGGAGACGUGAUCGCGCAGCAGCUGGUGGAGCGGCGGGGGCUGCAUGGGCACCACGUCCCCCGGACCCUGAAGAUGAUGGCGAUCGGCUUCUGCUUUGUGGGCCCUGUUGUGGGCGGCUGGUACAAGAUCCUGGAUCAGCUCGUCCCAGGGACUACAAAAGUUGUGGCUGUGAAGAAGAUGGUCCUGGACCAGGGGGGCUUUGCACCAUGUUUCCUUGGCUGCUUCCUUGCCAUCACAGGGGCAAUGAACGGUCUGUCGGCAGCAGAGAACUGGUCCAAGAUCCAGCAGGGCUCCUUCACCACCGUCUCCUUCUCUGCCCAGAUCUGGCCACCAGUGCAAAUCGCAAACUUCUACUUCGUGCCCCUGAAGCACAGGCUGGCCGUCGUCCAGUGCGUUGCCAUCGUCUGGAACUGCUACCUCUCCUGGAAAGCAAAUCGGAUGUGA